UUGGUCUCCUUGGGAAGAGAGGAUAUGUGGGUAAAACCGUGGGGAGUUCUCCCCUACAGGGGCCUGCUGGCUAAUAACAUACUGGGCUGUAAAGAGUGACCUCAUAAAGCAAGGAUUCCCUCUGUGGACACUUCUCUGACCUUGUGGAAUCUAGAUGCGAGGAGAUUCCUAAGCAGAGAUUUUCUGUUGGAUGGUUAAAGCAAGGAAUAAAAAUUGAAAAUUUGGAAAAUGUCUCAGCACUUUUAUCACCAGGACCAUGCAAGAAUCCUUUCUAACUCACUGUUCGAGAAUGCGUCACAGAUGUUCUCUGAGAAAUUAUGGAAAUUUCAGAGGAAAGAUACUCAGUUUCAGGCAUUUGUGAAGAAAGUCAUAAUGAGUCGUCUCUUUAAGAUAAUUAUGAUUAGCACCGUCUCAAUGAAUGCAUUUUUUAUGGUCUUGUGGACUGAUUAUAAAACAAGAUACAGCUUGUUCAGACUUUUUGAGGUCUCAGAGCUCAUCUUUGUGUCCAUCUAUAGCUCUGAGUUCUGCAUGAAGCUCUAUGUGGACCCCAUCAACUACUGGAAGGAUGGCUACAAUCUGCUCGAUGUGGUCAUUAUCAUCAUCAUCUUCAUCCCCUACAGUCUCCGCAAGAUCAAGGGCAAGCACUACCCCUACCUCAACAUUGCCGAUGGUGUACAAUCCCUGCGCAUCCUCAAGCUUAUCACCUAUAGCCGUGGCAUCCGGACACUCAUCACUGCCAUGGGGCAGACAGCCUACACCGUGGCCUCCGUGCUCAUCCUCUUCUUCGUCCUGAUGUACAUCUUCGCCAUCCUGGGCUUCUGCCUGUUUGGGCUUCCAGAGGGAGGUGACAUGAAUAACUGGGGGAACCUGGCUUUGGCCUUCUUCACCCUAUUCAGCUUGGCCACGGUCGAUGGCUGGACAGACCUGCAGGAGCAGCUGGAUGCCCGGAAUUUGAUUCUGAGCCGCUCGUUCACCAUCAUCUUUAUCUUGCUUGCCUCCUUUGUGUUCCUCAGCAUGUUUGUGGGUGUGAUGAUCAUCCACACUGAGGACUCCAUCAAAAAGUUUGAGCGGGAGCUGAUGCUGGAGAGACACAUGAACCUCAUGGAAGAGAAGCAGGUGAUUUUGAAGCGGCAGCAGGAAGAGGUCGGCAAGCUGCUGCAGACCCAGAAAGAUCUUGACCACAAGAGUUUCACUGAACUGGUGGAGAAGUUUAAGAAGACCUUGCGGCACACGGACCCCAUGGUCUUGGAUGAUUUUGGCACUAGCCUGCCCUUCAUUGACAUCUACUUGUCCACCCUGGACAACCAGGAUGCUACCAUCUACAAGCUUCAGGAGCUGUACUACGAGAUCGUGCACGUGCUGAGCCUCAUGCUUGAAGACUUGCCCCAGAAGAAGCAGUCCCAGUCCUCGGAGAAGGUCGAUGAGAAGUAGCUGGAUGUGGGCACCCAGCCACCACGGGCCUCCCGGGCUGUGACCCCCCCCCACCCCCCGCCCCCCCAUUAAACUCAUAUUUUCUGAGUUGACCUCUCUGCAGCUGCUGCUGUGAUCAUGACAUCUGUCCACCUUUGGGCGUUGACCUGAGUCGGUGCCCAUGAAGUCUGAUUCCUCCUCACAAGACGCAGCAAGAGCUUGGAAAUGGGGAGUGAGGAGAGAGGAGCUCAAGGCUCACCCUGGCCAGAGGCCACAGCUGGGGGCCUCUUUCCCUUCCCUCGACCCCUGCAGCCAGGUCCCACUGGGCUCCUGGGAAAGCCACCUGGACCCCGGACCGAGAAGGGCCGCCCAUGGCCCCAUGAGAGGGCCUGGCUCCUGUGAGCUGG